UAGAGACACAAUGUUGCUGAUUCUGCAGCUGCUGCUCCUACUGACUCUGACUAUAAGAACAGAUGGAUAUGAUUGGUUCAGAGUAGCAGACUGCAUCACCAGUUCAUCAGAUCUGAAAGCUGUGGAAUUCAUUGAUACUUAUUUUUUUAUUAAGGCUCCAUAUGUACGGUUUAACAGCACUGUGGGGAAGUAUGUAGGGCUCACUGAGUAUGGACUGAAGACUGCAGAGUACUGGAACAAAUUUUAUCUACAGAAGGAGAUUGAUGAGCUGGAGAGGGUCUGCAAACCCAAUCUACAAAUGGACUACUCUAAUAUUCUGGAUAAAUCAGUGAAGCCAAGGGUCGAGCUCAUGUCAGAACAGUCGGCCAGUGCUGGUCAUCCAGCCAUGCUGAUGUGCAGCGCAUAUGGCUUCUACCCCAAAACCAUCGAUGUGUACUGGCUGAAAGACGGUAAAAAGGUGACCUCUGAUAUGGUUUCCAUUGAGGAGAUGGCUGAUGGAGACUGGUACUACCAGGUCCACUCCCACCUGGAGUACACGCCCACAUCUGGAGAGAAGAUCUCCUGUGUGGUGGAGCACAUCAGCUCCAAGGAGCCCCUCAUCUACCACUGGGAUGGCUCUCUACCUGAGUCUGAGAGGAACAAGAUUGCUAUCGGAACUUCAGGGCUGGCGCUGGGGAUCAUCCUGUCAGCUGCUGGAUUCAUCUACUACAAGAAGAAAUCCUCAGGCCGAAAUCUGGUGCCGAGUUAAGCUCUGGUCUUUGUGAUGAUGAGGACACCUUUAAUCUCAGGUGCAGAAGCAGAGGAGUCUAAGACAUUUUGUCAUCUGCAUCCUGUUCAUAGAAUACAUUUUACAGAGCUGUUUUACUUCUAAGAUUCUUCACUAAAAGCACAAGCUUAAUUAUUUUCUUUUUAACAUGUGAUUAAUGAUGAGAGGAACACAUUAGAGGCUCGUUAGAAAUCAUUCUUCACUGCAGACAUUUAUGUGAGUUAUUUGUUUUAGAAGCAAAUUGACAAACUAUAGGAUUAGUAAAAGGACCAUUUAUAGAUCAUACUCAAGGCUCAAUUAUUAGGUAUGAAUAAUUAUAGCACAGUUAUACAUUUACAUUUACGUGUUGGACUCUGCCAGGGUUGUGCCUUGUCUCCACUCCUGUUUGUGAUAUUCAUGGACAGGGUGUCAAGGCGUAGCCGAGGUCAAGAGGGCAUUAUGUGUGGAGGCCGGA